AUACGAAAGGCGGAAGAGAGCGCAGCGCAGGGAUUCACGUUAUCCACGAUUUCUCUUAUUAGCUAUCACGUUUGCUUCUUCUCCUUCGAACAUUUUAAUUUUGGGGUUUAUCUCUGCACAAACUCAAAUUAGGGUUUUUAGCAAUCAAUUGUUUUUCCGAAGAAUUCAAAGCAUGGUUUCUGAUUCAAUCGUGAACGGUUCUGCUCCUACAAUCUCGAAGGAUUCCGGAAAAAAAAAGAGGAACAACAGAACUGCAAAAUUGAAGCAGUGCAAGCUUGACGCGAGACGUGAACAAUGGCUUUCUCAGGUCAAGAACAAGGGAUUCAAAGAGGAAUCGAACGGCGGAGGGGUAUCUCCUCCACCGUGCUUACCUCAGAGGGAUGAGCGGAAACGGUCAUUGGAGAAAUUGGAAACGAGGACAAGAGGGGAGGAAAACGAAAGAUCAUGCCUUCAUGAUAGCGAUUUGGAGUCCCUGGAGAAUAGUCCUGCCAGCAGUAUCUUGGGGCCCAAUGAUUCCAGGAAGGAUCGCCCCGGGAGUAGCAGCGGUAGCUGCAGAAGCAGCAGUAGUGGUGGAUGUUAUUCAGGAAGCGUCAGCGAGGAAGAAGAGGAAGAUGGGUGUCUGGAUGACUGGGAGGCUGUUGCUGAUGCUUUAACCGCCGAUGAUAAACGGCACAAGCCGAAUUUAGAAACUCCUGCUGAUCCCGAGGCCCCCGUUCAUGAACUGCCGAGCGAAACAUAUGGAGCGGAGAAUUUAAAAUCAGAGUGCCAGGAUACGGUUUCUAGGGUUGUAGCAAACAGUCGUGCAUGGAGGCCUGAUGACGCUUUUCGUCCCCAGAGUCUGCCUAAUCUUUCUAAACAGCAUAGUUUCACCAUGACUGCGGAGCGCCAUUGUGGUCGUGGUGCUGUCACCUGGGCUUGCCACGAUAUAACGUCUCCUCCUUCAUCUUGCCCUAUCUGCUAUGAAGAUCUGGAUAUCACUGACUCAAGUUUUCUCCCCUGUUCAUGUGGAUUUCGGCUUUGUCUCUUCUGCCACAAGCGGAUCCUUGAGGCUGAUGGGCGUUGUCCCGGCUGCAGGACGCAGUACGAUCCCUCAAUUGGGGACACGGGAGUGAAUGGGGAUGUCCUGCCGAUUCGGCUGGCUCGUUCUUGUAGCAUGGGUACUAGAUUUUAUUAAGAGUCUUUAGUCUUAUUGGAAAACAAUGUUUUUUUUUU